AUGGAUUGCUUGAGCGGGGCUGCUAUGGCUGUUUCUGAUGAGUUAGUUGACUCCAUUUAUGGGGUGGUUAAUCUCUUUUUAGCUGGGAAAUGCCCUAUGGGUUUGGGUGAGUAUGGUGCUAAUGCUCCCCUCACCCCUCUUGUCAAGCCCGGUGGUGGUAUUCGUCCUAUUGCUGAUGGUACUGUUUGGCGAUGUCUGGUUUUGAAGGUUGGUGCUGUUAUGGUUGGUCCGUCUUUGGGUAGCUAUUUUGAUGGUCUUCAAUUUGGUGUCGGGGUAUCUGCGGGUGGUGAGGCAAUUCUUUAUGCUGUGAUCAGGUUGAUUGAGGAUCGGGGUUCUGAUGUGGGUCUUUCACUAUUAUUGUAUUAUGGGGAGCAUACGUUAUGGUCGUCUCAGGGUGUGCAGCAGGGUGACCCCCUUGGUCCUCUUCUCUUUGCUUUGGUUUUACAACCUCUGGUUUGUAAAAUCAGGGACGCGUUUGAUGUAUGUCUUCAGGCAUGGUAUUUGGAUGAUGGCACUAUUAUUGGUGAUACCUUGGUGGUGGGGAAGGUUCUGCAGUUGAUUAUGGAGGACGGGCCUUGUCUCGGGUUACAUCUUAAUGUAGAGAAGACCGAGGUUUUCUGGCCUACAGAGGACCCUCGUAGCAGGCUUGUGGGAGUCUUUCCCCCUGAUAUUGCUCGUCCUUUGCAUGGUGUUAAGUUGCUUGGUGGUCCCACUAGUUCCGAUCCAGUUUUUAGUGGUGAGCUUAUGAUGCAGAGGGUAAUCAAGACCAUUGGGCUUAUGGAUAAGGUUUCUCAGCUUGAUGAUCCUCAUUGUGAGUUGUUGUUACUUAGGGCAUGUACCGGAGUUUCAAAACUCUACUUUGCUUUGCGUAAUUGUCCUCCUGGUAUCUUUGAGGCUGCUUAG